AUACGACGUCUAUCCAACUCGCCCUCGUUUGCUGAUCCAACAAAUACUCUUUCGGCAGGAGAGCAUGAAUCGCUAAUUGCCAUCAAUAAAGCCCUCAGAGGGUUUGCCCCGUACUCAUUCGGCUACGGCCGCAUGGCAGGAGACGAGGACGAAUUCUUCAUCAUAACCGAACUCUUGAAUGUGGUGUUGGACGGUCCACUUGCUACACUCGGCCAAAGACUUAGUAGAAUGCACUCCCAGCCGGCUCCAAUCCACCCAGUCUUCGAGAAACCUGCGUAUGGGUUUCCCGUAACCACCUUCUGUGGCGAGAUACCACAGGAUAAUACAUGGAAAGCCUCAUGGCCCCAAUUUUACGUGGAGAAUCGCCUCCGCCCGAUUUGCCGUCGUAUUCAAAGGCCAAGGAAGCACGAUUCCGAGCUUGAACAACAACUCGAAAGGGUGAUCAAGGACGUGGAGCCAGAAUUAUGUGGAAGAAUGCACCCUAAAAGUCUUGCUCCCUCGCUACUCCACGGGAACCUCUUAUACUCGAGACGUUCUCGAGGUCAAUUCUUUUCUUUGGAUAACGAUGUUGAGGAAGAGGUCAUUCUUGAGCCUGCAUGUUUCUACGGACACAGGGAAUACGAGCUCGGCGCGACGAGGGUGUAUGGGUUUCCACCCGCGUUCUUUGAAGAACAUCACAAUCACUCGCCCAGGAAUGAUCCCAAGGAGGGCUGGCACUGGAGAGUGCUGCUCUACGAAUUAUAUCACCGUCUCGUUGUUUACGCCACGCAGGGACCUGGCUAUCGCGAUCCAGCCAUGUCCAUUAUGAGAAUGCUCCUAAUCAAGUUUAGCACUCCUGAUUAG